GCGGGCCCGCGGCGCCGUGGGCAGGGGUGGUGAGCGCGGCCGGGCCGGGGCUGCCUCGGGAUUUUCUUCUUCCCUCUUUUCUCUUUUUCACUUUUAUUCCCCCCACCCCGCUCUUCCCCGUUCUCUCCUCCCGGGACGGGCCCGCUCCGCCGCGUCCCCUACAAAGUUAUGCAACGCCGGGUCCCGGCGCUGCCGCCCGACCUGCGCCCGGCCCCGGCCUGCGGGGGCACCGCCGGCCCCGCCCGGCAUCCCCCGCCCCGCGGGCCGGUGCCCCGUUCCCCCGGCCGGGGGGGACUUGUCUCAGCCUCGGCGGCGGGGGCUGCCCCGGGGGUCUCUCCGCUCCGUGCUCCCCUCCGCGUUUGUCCGCGGCGCUUUGCCCCGAGCCUGGGCGCCGCCGGGUCUCCGGUGUCGCGUCCCCCCCGCCGGAGCCCCCCGGGCGGGCCCGUCCCGGCUGCCCGCGCUGCCGCCCGCUCGGCUGCCGCCGCGCUCUUUUCUUUUUUUUUUUUUUUUUUUUUUCCUUUUCCCCUUUUUAACUCUUAUCCAUUUCUAAUUAAAACGUCCCCGUCUGCUCGCUUUUAAAUUAAUUAUACUUCCCUCCUCUGAUACCUCCUUUUGAUUCCUAAUCCAAUUAUCUUUUUAAAUAAUUGCUUUAUCUCUCCCGAUCGCCGGGCACUGUUGCCGCUCGGCACUUGCGCGCGACUCGCCUUCGUUGAAAAUAAAAUAAUAAUAAAAUUAGCGAUCGGAGCCCCCGCGCCGGCCGCCCCCGGCAGCGCUCGGGCGGCCGAAGCCUCACCCGCUUCUCUCCGCUCUCUCCCCAGGCGCUCCGGCCUCGCCUCUGCGCGGGGAAAAAAUUCGUCUGUUUCUCGAUCCUCGUUGUUAUUUUGAUUUUUUUUUUUUCCCCUCCGUUUUUAUUUUUCUCUCACUUCACCUGCGAUCUCUCGAGGACCUCGUGGCGGUGACGGCGGGACGGAACGAAAAAAACUCCUUUCACACCGACUUUGUGCUCCGUUUUUUAAUUGUCGUUGGCUUCAAUUUUUUUUUUCCCUCUUGUUUGGGGAUUUUUUCGGGGGCUCUUUUUGUCAGGCUUUUUUUUUUUUUUUUUCCUUUCGUUUCCCCCUUCCCCACCCGAUACAUUCGUUUUGAGUUUGAUUUUUUUUUUCCUGCCGGACUUUGGAGGAAAACUGCCCGGCUUCUAGCAUGAUGUCUUACCUCAAACAGCCUCCUUACGGCAUGAACGGGCUGGGGCUGACGGGCCCGGCCAUGGACCUGCUGCAUCCCUCCGUGGGGUAUCCGGGUGAGUGGCGCGGUGCUGCUCGCCCCGCAGCCACCCCGCGGAAGCAGCGGCGGGAGCGCACCACCUUCACCCGCUCGCAGCUGGACGUGCUGGAGGCGCUCUUUGCCAAGACCCGCUACCCUGACAUCUUCAUGCGGGAGGAGGUCGCCCUGAAGAUCAACCUGCCCGAAUCCCGAGUCCAGGUCUGGUUCAAGAACCGCCGCGCCAAGUGCCGGCAGCAGCAGCAGAGCGGCGGCGGGGCCAAGAGCCGCCCGGCCAAGAAGAAAUCCUCGCCCGCUCGGGAGAGCUCGGGCUCGGAGAGCAGCGGGCAGUUCACGCCGCCGGCUGCGGCCUCCAGCUCCGCCUCGUCUUCCUCCUCCAGCUCGGCCUCCUCGGCCCCGGUGGGCGCCCCGGCCUCGCUCAGCACCCCGGCCUCGUCCAUCUGGAGCCCGGCUUCCAUCUCCCCCGGCGCGGCGCCCGCGGGGGUGACGGUGCCCGAGCCGCUGCCGCCCGCCGCCGCCUCCUGCAUGCAGCGGGCCGGCCCCGCCGCCUCGGCCGCCUCCGCCUCCUACCCCGUGUCCUACAGCCAGGGCGGCGGCUACGGCCAGGGCUACCCCGCGCCGCCCUCCUCGUCCUACUUCGGGGGCGUGGAUUGCAGCUCCUACCUGGCGCCCAUGCACUCGCACCACCACCCGCACCAGCUCAGCCCCAUGGGGCCCUCCUCGGUGCCGGGCCACCACCACCACCACCCGCUGAGCCAGAGCUCGGGCCACCACCACCAUCACCACCACCACCACCACCACCAAGGCUACGGCGGCACGGGGCUGCCCUUCAACUCCUCCGACUGCCUGGACUACAAGGAGCCCGCCGCGGCCGCCGCCGCCUCCUGGAAGCUCAACUUCAACUCCCCCGACUGCCUGGACUACAAGGACCAGGCGUCCUGGCGCUUCCAGGUCUUGUGAGGGACCGGUCACCAUCCCCCCGAGCUGCCACUGAGCACCACCCGGGGACUCCCCGCCGCCUCCUGGGCAGGACUCUGGCUCUUCCUCCUCCUCCUCCUCCCUCUUCGUUAGCAGUGGCGAUGCCCUGGGGAGGUCCUGCCGCCCCCCUGAUCUCUACUGACUGAUAUUUAUUUGCUUCCUGCACCACUCCACCAGGUUUAUUAUAAUUAUUAUUUUUUUAAACGGCAACUGAAGAGGAGUUAAAAAAAAAAAGAAAAAAAAAGAAAAUUAAAAAGCCUAGCGUGUCCCCUGCUGCCCCCCACCCCGGGCAGAGGCGCAGGCUGGCUCCUGCCCUGCCAGUGCCCCCCCGGCUUUGUGCGGGCACCCUCAGCCCCUGCGGGUGUGGAAGCCGCGGCUCCCGGUCCUGUGCAGCCUCUUGCCGCCGGCAGCGGCGGGGAUGAUGUAAAUACUCGGUCCGUUCCAGUGACCACGAAUAUUUUUAGUUGAUGCUGUCGGGUUGGCGUUUAUCUAGAGUCUAACAUGGAGCAGAACGUUUUAAAAAAUUUUUUUUUUUUUUAAUUUCGAUUUUCUUCCCUACAAAAAUGAAUAUUUCCUGGUCUCGUGUCCUCCGUCCAUCCUCGAGGGCGCUGCACAAGCUUGGCUGUGCCGUCCUGGGGCUGAGGGUGUGGGGGGAGGCAGCAGCCAUGGGAGGUGCCCAGAAGGGAAGCAAAGGGGGAGGGAAAGGCUGCCCAGCUGAUCCGCGACCUGCAGACCAAAAAACCCAAAACUUUUGGAAAUAAAAAUAAAAGGAAAGAAAAAAAGCUGCGGAUAAAAAAAAAAAGUUUUGGUUUAUUUUUUGGGGGGAGGGUUGCAGGGAUAAGCAGCUCUGGUUUCGGGCUGGGGAGGGGGGAGCGCACGGCUUUUCGGAGUGUGUUUUUUGGUUUGGUUUUCGUUUCGGGUGUUUCGAGCCCCCUGUGUCGGUCGGUGCGUUGUGGCGGGCCGGGGCUGCAGCCCCACGGUCCCGCUUCCCCCGCCUGGGCCGGCGCUUCCCGGCAGCUUCGCCCCGCAGCGGGGACAGGGGCGGUGUACGUGCGGCUUUCGAUGCCGGAACCCCUUCCACUGUAAGGCAACCCCCCUCCUUUCUUCCCGCCCACCCCAAUAAAAUCUAAACUAAUAAA